CCGUCGUGGGGAUUUGACGUUCCCCUCUCGCUGGUUGAUUUACGUGGUAUCAAAAGUGUUGUGAUUAUUUCGAUUCGAUGUGAAAAGCAAUAAAUAUGGACUUUAAAUACCUAAUCCUGAUGAUUGCUUUCGCAACGGUUGAGAUAAACCUGACGGAGAGUCGUCAAAAUGAUAAACGAAGAUGGAAAUCAGAAAAAACUCUCUACUCUCAUUACGUGAACAUUUGUGAUAUACAAGAUCGAGUGUCCAAAGUACAUUGUUACUGCGAGAGCAUUAAAAUUAAAACUGCCACUAAAGCCGACUGCUGGGUUUUUAAUGGCGGCAUUGCCGAAGAUGACCCAUUUUGGUCCAACUUUUACUCGCAACCUAAAAUAGAAAGGCUUACAUUUAAUGUACGGGCAGAUGGAGGACUCACCUAUAUACCAGCGAAAGUUAUUGUACGACUCGAUAGACUAUACUAUCUUAAUAUUCAAUAUGCAAAUAUUUUCAGUAUACCGUCAUUUGCGUUUACCAAUUCUUCAACAUUGAGAGAAAUAUCGUUACCAAAGAACAAAAUUGCCAAACUCGAGAAAAUGUCUUUUGCCCAUUUAAUAAUGCUUGCUAACGUUAGCCUGACCGAGAAUCAAAUAUCUGAAUUGCAUAGAGAUGUAUUUUAUGUGCUGCCGAAUUUACAAAGGCUUCAUCUAUCCAAGAACACAUUAAGUGUCCUUCAUGACGGAUGCUUUAAGCAUUUGAAUAAUUUAAUCAAAUUGGAUUUGAACAGCAAUCUGUUGACAGUUGUGAUAAGGGAGAAUUUCUUAGGGUUAUCCAAUUUGAUUACACUAGACGUGAGAUAUAAUAAAUUAAUGAUGAUAGGUGAUUUGGCGUUUGCAGAACUUUGGAGCCUUCAAGAACUUUAUUUAGAUGGAAACGAAAUAGAAUUUAUAUCAGAAAGAGGUUUUGGCGGAUUGACUCAGCUGAAAAAACUUUCUUUAGCUGAUAAUAAGUUAGCUGUUUUGGACGACGGAGUAUUCGAUGACGUAAAAAAGUUGAAUGUUCUGGAUUUAAGAAACAACAACUUGGAAACAUUGAAACAAGAAACUCUACGAAGUCUUGUAGAAAAUAUGAAAACAAAUUACGCACUAAUAUCUCUCGAUGGUAAUAAGUUCACAUGUGAUUGUCGACUGUCGUGGUUGUAUCAGCUCCGGAACGAAACAAGAAGCAAGCGGGUACGAGCCUCUCUAAUCAGACUGAAUUGCCUAAUGGACACUAAACUUAAAGCAAACUUAGGUAACAUAAAGAUCCAGAAAUCUGAAACAUCUCUCAGGGUAAACAGUGGCGCUUAUAAAGUUGAAAAAACAGACGAUGAUGAGGACGAUUUUGAUGAAGAUCAAGUUUAUGAAGACGCUAUGCAGGACCAGGAGAACGGUUUAGAUUCACUUAAGAUAGAAUAUCGCAGGAAGCUAAUGGAAAUUCCAGUUGACAUGCUCCCUUGUGCUAGCAAACUUAGCUAUGAGGCUUCCUACUCGCCGCCGACGCAAGACGAAGUCAAAUAUUAUAAAACUUCAGGAUGCGAAAAGCGCUCCCUCUCCAUCUUUAUUUUGAUAUUAUUAUGCACUCUAGUAAAUGUAAUGUAGCGUAAAAAUAGAUGGCUGUCUGAGUAGUUUUAACUUUGACAUUAUUUAAAUAUUUCGAUUAUAUUUAUAAGAUCUGCCUUGAUUAGAGUUUAUAAUUACUAAUUAAAAGAAGGUAAUUUUAAAAUGCUUGAAAUAGUAGAUGAAUUAUAAAUUUUUGUUUUAUUCAAAUUAAAUAGCCACAUGCUAAUAGGUUUAGUUGACGUGAAAAAUCUUUGUUUUAUAUUAAAAGCAUUAUUUAGUGUUAAUGUUAAAAUAUUGGUAAGAUUUUCUGCUGAAGACUUAUUUGAUUUGUUUAUAUAACAUGUAAUUUCUGAUAAAAAAAUAUUUUUUCAUGAAUAAAAUUUAUAGCGGUGACGAAAUAGAAGAAUAAUAAGAGUUUUUUAAUUGAAAUGAUUAUUAAUAUAAGAUUAUGUUGAAAAUUUUUGUGUAUGAAGAUCACUUUUAGCCAGGUCUAGUCAAUGCAUUAAAAACCUAAAAAUACCUUCAUAUCCUUAAAGAUAUCAUAAGGUUAGCUAACCCAUAAAGCAAUGAUCUAAAAAUGUGUUAAAUUACUAUGAAAAUCCUUUUGAAUAUACAUAUGGAAUUUGUCUUAGUUGUAAUUGUUUAAUAUAAUAUAUACAUAUAUAUAUAU